AGUUCGUGUCCGGAGGCAGCAGGCGAGCCGCGUCCCGCACAGAGGACUUUACCGGAGACCAGCGCUUCUCACGCUCCGGAUCUAAAGGGUACCGGCGCUUCUCACUCCGCUUCCAGCCUCCGGAUCUGUAGGGUAUGCAGAGAACCCAACUGGACCCCAUCGCCUUCCAGCUGCGAUCUGAGCUGCAGUGUAUGAAGGAGUCCAGCACCUCUCUCUCUGCACAAAUGGAGUGCAUGUUACGAGUUCUGCAGGAUCUAAAGCGUUCCUCUCCUCCUUCCCCUGCGAGUACAGAAGAGGCACCUGUGGCCCUUCCCCGCAGAGCUCCCCGGCGGGACCAGCGUCCUCACCGCACGUCGGAUCUGUCAGAAGCUGACUCUGCCUGCUGCGUGGAUCUCCCGAGCGAGGUGUCCCCUGUGAGUUGUGGACAGCGCGGGCUGGAAUGGGACUCUGGUUAUUCUGAGGUGUCAGGAGGCUCUCUACGGGGAGAGGAAGAAGAUGAAGAGGAAGAAGAAGAGAGGAGGGAUGCUCCUCCAGUGCUGCGUCGGAAUCCCCUUCCUUCAUGUCAGCGCCUUUCUUCUGGGGGGCUUCUCCGGACGCGCCAAGGAAGGAUUAGGCCUAAAUCCACAUCAGAUGUUUGCUUGGAACAGUGGGGAGGAAUUGGAAUGGGGGUUGGUUCCCAAGAUUGGACUGGGUGUCUUCUCUCUCAGUGCCGUAGCCGCCAACCUUUAGUUCUGGGGGACAACAGUUUUGCUGACUUGGUAAAGCAAUGGAUGGACCUGCCAGAGAAUGGCGAGGAUGAGAAGCGGAGAGCAAGAGAGGUUGGCAACUGGCUGCACAAGCCUCAUGGAUUUUUACUCAACCUGUCUGGUAACGUUAAAAGGCGCUUGGGCAAUAUGUCCAGGGCACGAGGCCGUCCGGAACAAGAAGCUGUAAAACGUCUAUCGUGUCCCCAGUUGGGUUGCAGACCCCUCUCCCUAUACUACCACCAGUCUCUCUCGGACAUUGCAGAAGCAUCCUCCAACCUACUGCACUGCCGCAGCCGACAGCCAAUCAUAUGCAGCAACAAUGCCAGAUUCUUAUAGUACUCGGCAUGUGACGAACAUUUAAUAUGUGACAUGUGGGAACGCAAAAGUGUAACUGUUUGUACAUAUGUGUAAAUAUAUGUAUCUUAUAAGCCAUUUUAUAUUAUUGUAUUUUUUUUAUUGUUUU